CCUCGGUGUAGUAGCAUAUAAAGGUCAUUUUGCAUUUACACGACCACAUCCAACGAAGUGUAAGUAUCUCUGUAUAGUUUAUUCACAGGUAGAGGAGACUGCUGGUUUCAGGAACCUACAACGCCAUGAAUUCGAACUCCCCUUUUUCGGCACACAGCGAUAUUCUGGAUGCCCCCCUCCCAUCCAAGGACGACCCCGCUACCAGGCUCCGCCUCGUGGAAGAAUGCAAAUCGCGUGGAAAGGCUGCCGUCCAGGCGGGCCACUGGCCGGAUGCGGCGGCUUUGUACGGAAAAGCUUUGGAGUGCUACGUCGGUCAGGAUAGCGAUACUGCCAAAACCGAAACGGCGAUCUUGUACUCCAACGUCUCGUUGGUUCGCGCCAAAAUGAGCCAAUGGUCAAUGGCACAGGAAGCUGCCCAACAAGCGGUCCAAGCCGACCAAGUCUACGUAAAAGGAUGGUGGAGGCUGGGACAGGCGGAGUCAGCUAUGGGAAACUACACAAAAUCGGUUGAGGCCUUGCAGCAGGCCACAAAAUUAGAACCGGAUAAUAAGGCAUUGCAAAAGGAGCUGACCAAGCAAGAGGAGAAGGCGAAGAAAGCAGCCGAGGAGAAAAAGAAAGAAGCCGAUACGCCGGCGGCAAUGCGAGUGGAUGAGCCACAAACAAUUGAAAAGAAAGCUGCGGCAACGGAUUCUAAUUCGACUCCUUCCAGCACUGCCAAAACAAAAGAGGACGACAGUGCCAUGCAAGUUGACAUUGACGGAACUGAUUUUUCCAAAUCGGAACACAUCCGUGGCUACAAAAUUGUCAACGGGAAGAAAACAUCUUUUUUUCACAACGAACUGUCCGAAGACGCGGCGAGAUUAAUUGGUGACAUUGCCCCCAAAAAGUUGGACGCCGACACGGGAUCGUCUAGUACAGCCGCCGGAGCGAAAGGGACGUCGGCUUGGAAUCAGGCCGGGACCUGGGAAGAGAAGGACGUAACCAACUGGGCGAAAACUUCGCUGCGAGAACGGCUUUUGGCAACGACAUACACGCUUCCCGAAUCCUCUCCCGCACCCGGUGCCUUGGUGCUCGUAACGGAGGCCAAAGUGACGGGCAACGCCAGCUGUGCGGCGGUGAGGGGCAAGAAACGGUACAUUUACGAAUUGUGCGUCACUUUGGACUGGAGUUUCUCGCACGGGGACCACCAGGCUGACGGGAGUAUCGUUCUGCCGGACGUGGACGGCACUUGCGUAUUGGGUGAUGGCUACGAGGAAGCGAAUUGGAAGGUCGAUCGCGCGGAUGAUCCCAGCAUGCGACCGCUGCUCGAAACCUUUGUCCAUAAACAAGGAUGGCGUGAGGCAAUUCAUGAAACGAUUGACGAUUGGGUGCGCCAUUUCAAAGACACGUAUUAG